AUGGGAUUUUCUGAAAACUCGCCGAAAUUGGACCCCAAUCGUCAGCAUCUCUGGAAAAAAUUGAAACACACGUACUCACAAUACCGAAUUUUUGGUAAAAAUCGAGCUGCGUUGCCGGAAUUCGUGAAGGAGUUGCAUAAUAAGGACUAUCAAAAGCACGUCCGCGAUUAUCCAGACUUGAAGAAAUGCCUUCGAAUUGCCAGACAAUGGGAGACGGGAGCGGUCCCGCAGCCGGAUGACAUGGAACUGCCUUGA